AUGUCUGAAAGAUUAACUUUACGAUGGCUGUAUAACAAAUUAAUUCGAGGUAAUCUUUUUGAUUCUCGAUCAUCAGAUCCCGUGAUAAUCCAUCGCGAAAUCUUGUCAACUCGUUUGUAUAUUCUUUUUCUUAUCAUUUCUCUCGUUAUUUUAACAACAUACACUUCUCUUUACAACCAAAUCGAGAGUAAAACGGUCACUUUUCCAAGUGCAUCGAUUUAUCAAAAACUGGAAAAGAAAUAUUCGAACAGUUUACAAUGUUUAUGCACGAAAGUUUCGAUUCCAUAUGGAGAAUUUGUUACGACAACGCCCAAAUUCCAUCAAAUCUGUUCAAGUGAUUUCAUUUCUCAAAAAUGGAUCGAUUUCAUCUUUCAAAUCAAUGUCAAAUCGACCCUUCCGAUCGAUGUUCGAACAAGUUUAAGUUCAAUGUUUCAAUUAAUUCGAUCAUUUUGUCAAAGUGCCACACACACAACGAUUCAUUCGCUCGACUCUUUUCAUCAUUCUCCAGUGAUUAGUCCAAUCUUAUUAACUAAGCAUAUUUUAGAAACAAAAGUUCGAACAACUUUGCACUUAUUGCAUCAAACAACUGCAUCGAAUUUCCUUCAAUCGAUGACUCUUGCGCAAAAAAUGACACAAGCAAAUCAACUAAUAACAGCGUUAUUCACCAACUAUAUGAUAACUUCGAAAAUAAUCCCAUCAUUAUCCGGAGAAAAUCUUAUUUUUGAUACGAAUAUCCACGAAAAUAAAUAUAUACGAAAAAACUCCACUGUUAUUUGCUCUUGUCAAAACCAUGACUCGUGUCAUUUACCCGGAUAUAUUUAUUUAAAUGGAAAUUAUCACAAAACAUAUGAAAUCUUUGAUUUAAAUCAACUUGAAGCAAAUGAAACUUUAUCCGGAAUAAUUGUUGAUUGUUUACCCAUCCAAACAACACUUUAUUCAUCAUUAGAAUGUUUUUAUAAUCAAUUAUGUUUAAAUAUUUUACUUGCAUCUUAUCAAAAGAAAAUCAAUAUUUCAAGAUUGAAUUCUUUUCUAACAAGUCGUUUUCAUCUUAAAACACCCAUCAAGUCACUUGUUGAAGAAUUAUUUAUCGAAGAACUCUUUAAUCAUACAAACUUCUCGACCUAUUAUAUGAAGUGUUUGCCGUACGUUUGUACUUAUCUUCAUUUUAAUCGGUUCAAUUGGAUAUCCGUUCUGACAGUAAUGUUUGCCCUUUUUGGAGGGAUCAAUACUGUUUUACGUCUAAUUACUCCUUAUAUCAUUCGAACCGUUUUAUUUCUGAUCAAACCAAAACAAGUCCGAGAAAACCGAAAUACAACAAUUCGAGUUCGUUUGAAAAAACUUGUUUUCGUUUUCAAGAUGCAACUCAUUAGCCUGAAUAUUUAUGACUCAAAUGUAAAUAAUCCAACGCAUAUUUACUAUGGUCGACUUGCUACACGAUUACAUUUGAUUUCCUUAUUUAUUUCUAUUUGCAUCUGUAUCCUAUUUUCUGAUUUAUCGAAUCAAAUUAUAACUGAGAAUGUUUCAACUGUUUCUCUCGAUACAUAUGCUUAUCUUGAAAAGCAAUAUUCUUCAACCUUACGAUGUUUGUGUACACAAAUUUCAAUUCCGUAUGAAGAUUUCAUCAAUAUCAGUGUAAAUUAUCAUCAAAUAUGCUCGAGUGAGUUCAUUCAAUCAUCUUGGUACGAACGUCUUUCAGUUUUUAAUAAUAAUUAUGAACAAACUGAUUUUCUCUCUAUAUCUUCAUCGUAUUUUCAAACAUUAGAAACGUUCUGUUUUAUUGCAAAUGAAACAAUUGCUGAUGCGAGAAAAAGAUUCUUAGCAAGAAAUUUCAUCAAUUCUCAACUGUUAACGCGUCAGUUCUUCGAUUCACAAAUCAAUGCAUCAAUAAAUGCGUUUCAACAAUUAACAAAAACUGAAUUUCGUUAUCGAAUCAAUUUAACUAACACCUUAUUACACAGUAAUCAAUAUAUCAGUCGUACAACAACAAGUACUCGUCUAAUCGCUGCUUCUCAUUAUAAAAAUGAUACAUUUGAAUCCAUUCGAAUGUUCGUUCUUGCUUUGUACGCCAUAAAUACAAAUAAUGACAGAUGUUAUUGUGCUAUGAAUUCAACAUGUUCUUUAGAUUAUGCGCUUCUUAAUUUUGAUAUUGCACAGCAUUUCAAUUGGCAAAUUCCAGGAAUACAUGGAGGUUGUUCUAUAAUCAACACAGUUAUGAAAUCAUCAUUAAUAUGUUGGUUUAAUUACAGUUGUUUUAGUCAAUUACGAGAACUUGUUCGUCCAUUGGGUAUUUCUAUUCCUUGGAAUACCACUCUACUUGAUCAAUUGUUACCUAGUCGAUAUUCUCCGGAUACAUUAAUUGAAAUAAUUCUUAAUGAAAUUAUGAUUGAAGAAUGGAAUUCUUCGUAUUCAUUUGACAAAUUUUACUCUAAAUGUCAACCAUCGUCUUGCUCAUUUACUUACGAAAAACAAGUAAAUAUCAUCUACAUUGUUACUAUUGUCAUCAGUCUUAUCGGCGGAAUCAAUACGAUUCUUCGAUUGACUUCACCAUUAAUUAUCAAAAUUAUUCUGAAAAUCAUUUCAACGAUUAAAUAUCACAAAGAAGAACAUCAACAAAAUCCUCGCAUUCAAAGUAAUAACAAUAUAACACAUCGAUUAGUAAAUAAAUUGAUAUCAUUAAACAUAUUCGAUGAUGGAUCCGAUGAUCCUGAAAGAAUCCAUCGUCAGCGGAUCUCGACUCGAUUGUAUAUAGUAGGUUUUACGGUUGCCAUUUAUUUUAUCAGCGUUUACACAAUAUUUAUGAGUCGAAGCGAAUUUCAGUUCUUUUCAAAUCCCUCAGAAAACGAUUAUAAUGAAUUACUCGCCUCAUAUUCCGAUUCACUCAAAUGUCCCUGUAGAAAAACCUCGAUUGAAUAUAAAUCUUUUCUCAAAAUCGAUACUAAACCUCAUUCAGUCUGUUCAAGUGACUUUGUCCAUCGACGAUGGAUUGAAUAUUUAUUCAAUACUUUCCAUUGGUAUAGUUAUGAUCGGCGUGACAUUCGCACACGUGGUGGUGCAUAUUUUGUCUUUCUUUCUACAUUAUGUCAAAUAUCUCAAAAAACUAUUGAUAAUGCGAAAGAACAAUUUUUGGAUACCUCGUUUGUUAAUACCCAUAUGAUCUCACAAUUGGAUUUCGAUAUUCAAAUAAACAAUACGAUUUCACAAUUUCAAAAUGAUACGUUAAUCAAAUUUUCUCAGAGUUUGAAAUUUCUUCGUGAUAUUAUCAAUGGCAACGCUUUAAUUUCUUCGUAUUCGUUGAAUUGGGAUUGGUUUCGAGAAACGAACAGUUCAUAUCGAAUCAGUUCAGUUCAACCAGUUCGCACGAUGAGUGGAUGUUCAUGUGGAACACAAAAUGAUUGUACAGAUCAAGCGGGAAUUUUCGAUACAGUGUCAAAUAGUAUUCCUCGAUUUUUCUUUCCUGGAUGGUAUGUUGGAUGUUCAGUUGUAGAAACAUUAUUACGUUCAACACUGCAAUGUUUCUACGAUCAACAUUGUUUAAAUUUAUUCUUCUCGAAAAUGAAAACAUUUGCAUGGGAAUAUUCCACGGAAAUCAAUAUUUCAGUGAUUAACUAUACAAGUCAUUUUCAUAGAAAUGCAAUUAUUGAAAAGCUUGUCAAUGAGUUGUUUAUUGAACAAUGGAUUAUUCAAAAAUCUUAUUCAUUAUUUUAUAAUCAAUCGCUUCCUUAUGAAUGUAUUUAUCAGAUCGAAAAAGAAGAUUAUCUUAUUCAUACGAUGUCAACUAUUUUGGGUUUAUAUGGAGGAUUGACGAUUAUCUUGCGAUUUAUUACUCCAAUUCUAAUUGAUAUUGUAUUUUACCUUCGUCAGCGAUGUCGAACAAAUACAGUUAUACCUUAUUAG